AUGGGGGGAAUGCAAGUCCGAAUCAACGAUUUUAUUUAUAUAUCGCCACCUUGGGCCAUUGGCUCAGGUGAGCCGUAUCUCAUCGCUCGUGUAAUGAACUUUAUCCAGAAAGAGGACGAGGAGAGAUGCCCAACGAAGCAUGUGCGCGUUAAUCUUUUUCUCCGAAUGAGAGAUCUCACACAUCGACCGAACAAUGAUCCAAGGAUGCUUGUUGCUACAAUGCAUGCCGAUGUAUUUCCUGUGUCGACAAUACGAGGUAAAUGUCGUGUCAAGCACCGAGACCUAAUAAGUAAUGGCUCGCCUCCAGAAAUAGCUGCAUGGAAACGCCGUGAAGACCAUUUUUAUUAUCAUCAACUCUUUGACAGGUAUAUUCAUCGCUUCUAUGAGGUCGUUCCAACAUGGAAGUUGAAGAAUGCGCCUGACCAAGUCCUACGCGUACUUCGAGAAAGAUACUCCUUUAUUGUCGCCGAAAUGACCAUUGCGACUGAGCUUUGCGAUGCGCUAAGAGGAUGCUCUGUUUGUCAUGAAUGGGCUCCGACAGCCGAAUCAGUUCGCUGCGACACUUGUCGCAAGUUCUUCCAUAUGCGCUGUCUUUCUCCUCCUCUUGCAUCAAAACCUGCGAAAGGUUACAGUUGGAAUUGUGCUCCCUGCGCUAAGCAGCACGAUGAAAUGGUUGAAGAAGAGGGCGUGGGUGGCGGUGGUUUAGAUGCGCCUGGGUCCAAUAUGGAUUCACUAGGGCCCCGAUCAACACAGCCUACAAGGCGCAAACGAAAUCGGUCCCAUAUUUUGGGGGACGUGUAUGAACCUGUAAGCGAAAUGGUUUUAUCAAAUCCUAUCGAUCGCGAUGGGCUUCGAUGCUUUCAGGGGUGGCCUUACCGCUAUUUCGGCGAACACACAUCUGCAAUGGACGUGCUUGAUUCCCACGAUUCCAUUUAUCCUCGCGCAGUAACGCGGCAAGGACCAAAGUUUCAAGCAGUUGUCCCGUCUUGGGAAUCACAACAGCACCAAAACCAGGGACGUCAAACAUCAGCAAUGGAUUUGUCAAACACGCGAACAAAUAAUUCUGAAAAAGCCGCUACGAUGAGAGGAAAAAGUCGCUCUAAGUCAAAGCAUGUGCGCUCUACGGAAACACAUGCAAUGGAUGUUGAUCAGGUCGGUACUUUUUAUGAGACUACAAAUGAUGCUUGUAUGCAGCGUGGAUCUGAUCAAAGUAUACAAGUAAUUUCUAUACCCCCUCCAGAUCAUGAUUGGCAAAAAGUGGAUCACUACUUGGCGAAUGUGUCGUCACCUCGAUCUCAUGUCAUGAGAGAAUCACACGUAUUUAUUGAUCGAGCAUUGGCACUUCUGUAUGCGAACCAGUUUGAUUUUGAAAAAGCUAAGCACCAGUUCGCGCAAAGUCGAGACAGUGACUUUGGUGUAUACCCAUUGACAAGUAAAGAAGUGCAAAUUUUGCAAAAAACGAUCAUUGAAAAUUCAGGGGACUUGAUUCAUUUGAAACGUGCACUGCCAGGACGGACGCCGUCGGAAAUUGUACAAGGCGUCUACUCGUGGAAACUACAGCGUCUAAAAGACCGAUGGGAAGGGAAAGAACGCAUGAAAAUCACGCUUCGCGGCGCGCAACCUCAUACAGACCCAGCUCAGCGUGAAUCGUCUCCUGCACUCUCUGUCCUUUCAUUCGAGGACGCGCAAGAGCCCAAAGCACCUACUCGCAUAAUGUGUGCAUUUUGCUCAAUUUCCGCAAGUGCAAUUUGGUAUAAGAGUCCUAUUUACACCUCGGGACAAGGACUAUGUGUUUAUUGUGGCCAAUAUUGGCGCAAGUAUGCUGCUGAAACGGCUAAUGUAUAUAUAACUGAGAAAAAGCGGCAAGCGGCUCUCGAACAUGGAUCGGAAGAAGCUGGUUUAGGUGUAAUAGUGCCGAAAGUCACGCAGACCGUACCUAAGGUCAUGCCUGCUGCAUCGUUGCCAUCAAGACCAGUGGAAACGAGCAAGUGUGUUAUUUGUCGCCGUCUAGAACCGAAAAGGCUUUUACUAAGUUGUGCGCAGUGUGGUUUGGCAGGUCAUCAGGGAUGCAUUGGUUUCGAAGAUGCUGAUAUUGAAAAGAAUGAAUGGCUCUGUGAUCUGUGCGAGAACGACAGAGAUCCAAUGUCGUCCAUCCUGCCUUUUUGCGUACUAUGCGGAGAAACGCCAUCAUCACGGACUUUGUCUACAUCGAUUCGCACGCGCAAACCGUACUUCAAUGAGUCUGAUGGAAAAGGAGAUACAGCCUUGGAUGUGUACAAACCGACAGAGUGCAAUCAUUGGUCCCACUUACUCUGUGCUUUGUGGAUCCCGGAAGUUCUAUUCGCGAACACUACGACCAUGCAACCUGUGGAAGGAGCAGGUGCGCUACCCGCAUGGAGAUAUGAUAUGAGAUGUUCGCUAUGCGAUCAAGUGAAAGGAGCAUGUGUCAAAUGCGCGGAGCCGACGUGUCGUACGCAUUUUCAUGUGUCCUGCGCAUACUUGGCGCAGCCAUCUUGCAUGAUGGCCUUUGAAAUUUUUCCCGUCAAGACAUCCAGGCGUGAGUCCGUCCAUACCCUCACGUUCAAGUCAGAAUCAGGACACAUGUGUGCACAAAUCUGGUGUAAAGAUCAUUUGGCUGCGGCGAAGUCAAAGAAGACCUACGAAUAUCAUGAAAUUGAUCCUAAGCUCAAGUUGACCGCAAUGCAGGCGUAUGUCAAGACACACAAACAAGUUGUCACGGGCUCUCACCGAAACAUGGCCCUCGUCGAAUCUACACAUGCACUUUUGCGCCGUGCGAAAAAACUCGACAUUAUCCAACAAGUUUGUGGCGGAGCCGGCGGAUACGUGAAGAAUGGAAACCUUGUUCCUAUGCACAGGGAAGAUCACACACUCAAAGAUGAGAUGGAGACGGACGCUCCUAGUGACAAUACAACUUUACCAUCAGAUGACAAGUCAGUAUCCUGUGCAAACUGUCAUACUGACUGGUCUCCACUCUGGUGGUCUAUUCCUAGCACGGAUAAUAAUAAAUUUUAUCUGUGCAGCCAUGACAACACAUCGCUCCACAAGUUCAUUACGAGCAUAGUGUAUCACGUGUAUGAUAUAUUUUAUCACGUGCAUCUAUUGAGCGGCAGAUCGGCUGGCGCGGAGAGUGACAUUGUCGCCCAUCACGAGGCCUUUUCUUCGACUCGUUACCUCGACGGCAUCAGCCAUGUCUCAUUGCAAGUACGAGCACCCUCGUCACGGCUCGCUUGGUUUCCUUCCUCGCAAGCGCGCCGCGAGCCAUCGCGGCAAGGUCAAGUCCUUCCCUAA